AUGUUUAAUUCUGACAUCCCCCCUCUGAAAUUUUGUAAUAAUAGUUGCACUUUAAAAACUCAUUUCAUUAAUUGUAUAAAAAGUAAUAUUCGCCAUAAAAUGAACUAAGAAUAACAGGAAGUGUAAACCAAAAAACCUGGCUUUUGGCAAAAUGUUAAGUCGGGAACCUAUUUAGGUGGAAUUGUGGCAGGCACAGGCACUAUUUUAACUAAGGCUGGAUUGGCAAUUUAUGGUUUCUCUUCGAUUGGACCAGUCGCAGGAAGUUUUGCUGCAGCCACAUAAGCUAGUAUUGGAAGUGUAGCAGCAGGAAGUGCAUUUGCUAUAGCUUAAGGAGUAGCAAUGUCAGGAAUAGGAGUCAUUGCUUUACCAGCUGUUGGAGUUGGCGCCGCAGUUGGAGGAGGAUACGUUGCUUAUAAACAUCUAAAAAAAUGAAC